GCUUGCGUGCCAUUGGGGGACCGGGACAACAAUUACUCGUCCCAGCAGCCCCUGCAGCAGGGGGCGGGCAGUGCGGAAGCGGCUCGGCCUCGGUCACGUGACCCCAACACAGCUGCCAAGAUGGCGGCCUAUCUGCAGUGGCGCCGCUUCGCCUUCUUCGACCGGGAAGUGAAGGAGCUCGAUGGCUCCCCUGGGCAGCCCCUGCCUCUGCCGCCGGGCAUCACAGUCUGCGACUCGGGCCGAGGCCGCCUCGUUUUUGGGGAUAUGCAAGGCUACAUAUGGUUCCUGCCACGCACUUGUAAACUCAGCAACUUCCAAGCCUAUAAGCUGAGAGUGACCCACCUUUACCAGCUGAAGCAGCACAGCAUCUUGGCCUCAGUCGGUGAGGAUGAAGAAGGUAUUAAUCCUUUGGUCAAGGUCUGGAACCUAGAGAAGCAUGAUAGUGGCAAUCCCCUAUGCACUCGGAUUUUCCCUGCUAUUCCAGGCAACAAGCCCACAGUUGUGUCUUGCCUCACCGUCCACGAGAAUCUCAACUUUAUGGCUAUCGGCUUUGCAGAUGGGAGUGUUGUGCUUACAAAAGGGGACAUCACAAGAGAUAGGCACAGUAAGACUCAGAUCCUCCAGGAGGGAAAUUACCCAGUUACAGGCCUUGCCUUCCGCCAGUCUGGCAAAACGACUCAUCUUUUUGUUGCCACCACUGAGAAGAUCCAGUGCUACACGCUUUCCGUGAAGGACUAUCCAGAGCUAGAACUGGACACCCGUGGUUGUGGGCUGCGCUGCUCCACGCUCAGCGAUCCCUCCCAGGACCUCCAGUUCAUUGUGGCAGGAGACGAGUGUGUGUAUUUGUACCAGCCAGAUGAACGCGGGCCCUGCUUUGCCUUUGAGGGGCAGAAGCUGAUUGCCCACUGGUAUCGGGGCUACCUGGUCAUUGUGUCCAAGGACCGGAAGACAUCUCCAAAAUCGGAAUUCGCUGGGGGUGACCCACAAAACUCCGACAAGCACAUCCUGAACAUUUAUGACUUGGGCAACAAGUUCAUUGCAUACAGCGCUGUCUUUGACGACGUGGUGGAUGUCCUGGCAGAGUGGGGAUGCCUGCAUGUGCUCACCAGAGAUGGGAAGCUGUAUGAGCUGCAGGAGAAGGACACCCAGACAAAACUUGAGAUGCUCUUCAAGAAGAACCUGUUUGAAAUGGCCAUUAACCUGGCCCGGAGUCACCACCUGGACAGUGAUGGUUUAUCGGAGAUCUUCCGCCAAUAUGGAGAUCAUCUGUACAACAAGGGCAACCACGAUGGUGCCAUUCAGCAGUAUAUCCGGACUAUUGGGAAGCUAGAACCAUCGUAUGUAAUCCGCAAAUUCUUGGACGCUCAGCGCAUACACAACUUGACAGCAUACUUGCAGAUGCUCCACCUGCAGUCGCUGGCCAAUGCAGACCAUACGACACUGCUGCUGAACUGCUACACCAAGCUGAAAGACAUUUCCAAGCUGGAGGAAUUCAUAAAGACAAGCGAGAGCGAGGUGCACUUUGAUGUUGAAACAGCCAUCAAGGUCCUGCGCCAAGCCGGCUGCUAUUCCCACGCUGUGUACCUGGCAGAGAAGCACGCACACCACGAGUGGUACCUCAAGAUCCAGCUGGAGGAUAUCAAGAACUACCAGGAGGCCCUGCGGUAUAUUGGGAAGCUGCCUCUUGAGCAGGCUGAGAGCAACAUGAAGCGUUACGGCAAGAUCCUGAUGCAUCACGGCCCCAACGAGACCACUGAGCUGCUGAAGGUCCUCUGCACAGACUACCGACCAGUGGGGGGCCACGAGGGCUCUGGAGCGCCGGAGGAGAGCAAGGCAAAUCCAGAGGAGUUCAUUCCCAUUUUUGCCAACAACUCCCGGGAACUGAAGGCCUUUCUUGAGCACAUGUCGGAGGUGCAGCCCGACUCUCCGCAGGGCGUGUAUGACACCCUCCUAGAGCUCCGCCUCCAGAACUGGGCACACGAGAAGGACCCGCAGGUCAAAGAGAAGCUGCACAAUGAAGCCAUUUCCUUGCUGAAGAGCGGGAGGUUCAAGAGCGUCUUUGAUAAGGCUUUGGUCCUGUGCCAGAUGCACAACUUCAAGGAUGGGGUCCUAUACCUCUAUGAGCAGGGCAAGCUUUUCCAGCAAAUCAUGCACUACCACAUGCAGAACGAGCAGUACCGGAAGGUGGUGGAGGUCUGUGAGCUGUAUGGGGACCAGGAGGCCUGUCUCUGGGAACAAGCCCUCGGCUACUUUGCCCACAAGGAGGAGGACUGCAAGGAGUACAUCACAGCUGUGCUCAAGCACAUCGAGACCAAGAACCUCAUGCCCCCCCUGCUGGUCGUGCAGACUCUGGCUCACAACUCCACUGCCACACUGUCGGUCAUUAAGGACUACCUGGUGAGCAAGUUGCAGAAGCAAAGCCACCAGAUUGAGCAGGACGAACAGAGGAUUCAGAAAUACCGGGAGGAGACCAAGCGGAUCCGCCAGGAGAUUGAGGAGCUCAAAACCAGUCCCAAGAUCUUCCAGAAGACCAAGUGCAGCAUCUGCACCAGUGCCCUGGAGCUCCCCUCGGUGCAUUUCCUGUGCAGCCACUCCUUCCACCAGCACUGCUUUGAGAGCUACUCGGAGAGUGGUUCAGAGUGUCCCACCUGCAUGCCAGAGAACCGCAAAGUCAUGGACAUGAUCCGUGCCCAAGAGCAGAAACGGGAUUUGCACGAUCAGUUUCAGCACCAGCUCAAAUGCUCCAAUGAUAGCUUCUCGGUGGUUGCAGACUAUUUUGGCCGAGGUGUUUUCAACAAGCUCACUCUGAUCACAGACCUUCCUCCGGGGAAAUCGGCUUCAGCGCUGGAAGCUGGCUUGCAGCGGGAGCUGCUGAUCCAUACCAAGCGGAACGCUUAGACUGUGGAUGGGGGCGUCCAGUCCCCUCUCCUAGGAUGGCCUCCAGUGUGAAAUGAGGCUUCUCCACUGAGCAGUGAACCUGUGGAAGGCAAAAUUGGGCCAGAGGUGCCUAGCAGGAGGGCUGCGUGUCUGCCAUGGACUUGUGGAAUUGCUGUGCACUUUGAGAGAGGCGAGAUCGCCACGGCAGCUGUGCAGGGCACCUUUCCUGCCUAACCACAACGCUUUGGCCUGGCUCCUGGCAGCUGGAGCUUCUGCUUUUCAAAGCAUUGGCAUUUAUAGCAGCUGGUAAAAGUCCAUAGCUUAACUGUGCUCUCCGAGUCCCAGGAGUAGUGAGCUCCCGUAAGACUGCCGUGUGGUAAAAAUGAGGAGCUGGGCAUCUGGUUCUGGGGGUAGCUCAGCAGGUUCCAGGCUGUGCUCUGACCCCACAGCAAGAAUGGGCCGCCCCGACUACAAUGAGGGGCGAAGCUCCUGGCAUUGUGGGACUAGGGGGAGUUUCCUCUUGGGAGGGGUGGGGGGUGGAUUCAGGGUGCAAACAGUGUUUAAACCCUGGCUUCCCUCUCUGUAAGUGGGUUUCUUUCUUCCUUGGGUUAUAAACUGCAUGGAGUAUUUUCAA